CAUACCUGACCAAAGUUUCUCUUAGGGAGCCUUAGGGGCCCCCCAAAACCUUUAAUACCCCCUUUCCUAAGGGUAUAUAAGGAAACCGUUUGCAUCAUUGGUGUAGUACGCCACUGACAGACGCCGACAUUCAGGAAACCUCAACAGGACAGGAACGGAUAAAGAUGCCAACCAGUGCUCCCAGUACAAGAAUCAUGCCAGCAGCCGGUAGACUUGGGAAAAGAUCCAAACCAGUGGCUUCUCCUACGGAAAACAUCCCACACUAUGAGCCAAACAUCCCUGAGCCCAAAUGCAGAGCCGAUCUUCUAAAACACUGGAUCAACCUUUCUCUGGAUGACAAGACAGCCAAUAAGAUGCUAUGGGUCACAGAAAGUGGAUCCAAGGUGUCACGCAUGACUGAUAACAUCACAUGUCCAGUGUUGGACAGACCAGAGAGAUACGAACACAUCCCACAGGUUCUUUGCAAAGAAGGCAUUUUGGGCUUCAGAGCUUACUGGGAAGUGAACUAUUCAGGGUGGGUGGUUGCUGGAGUCACCUAUGAAGGUGCAGGGAGGAGGGGAAGCGACGGACCCUGCGGUCUGGGAGAAAAUGAACAGUCCUGGGGUCUUGGCUGGGGUGGAUCCCACUAUCAGGUGUGGUUCAACGGCAUUAGCACAGAAAUCUGGGAUAUUCCCAAGUGCACCACACUCGGCGUGUACCUGGAUCACCCGGAGGGCGUCGUCAGUUUUUACGCAGUUGAAGAAGCGGGUGAGGGGGCCGAAGGCAGGAAGGAGGUCCGACUGCUGCAGCACAUCAAGAGCUCCUUCAAGGGGAGAAUGCUGCCAGGUUUCUGGGUAGGACAGAAGUCAUCAUGCUUGUUAGUUGAAAAAGAGGAGUAAAGUAAAGAAUUUGCAUUUCACAUUGCCAUUUUCUUAUAUUUCGGUUUAAACUCCCUUUACAAUACAUGUAUUUGUCUGCAAAGCAUUGGUAUAAUCUAUAUAUGAUAUAAGAUUCACAGGUUGUAUGUGCAGAAUCUUUGUAUAUAAAAAUGCACAUUUAUUUAGCUGCUACUUGUUUAAAUGCUUUUUGUAAGCAUAAAACUGUUAAAUAUUGUUAAGUGGUGUCAUAUAUAUCUUUAAGACAUUGUAUGAUGUUUUUUUUUUCUGGUGUCAUAUUUAUAUUCUGCACUUUAAAAAUGUUUCAAAAUGUUAGUUUGUGUGACUUAACGUGAAUAAAAUACAUUUGAAAGUU